AUUUUAUUUUAUUUCAUUUUAUUUUAAUAUUUUUUGCUUUUUUCUUUUUGCGCACAUUGCGUUUCCUUGUCUUCACUUUUUCCAGUUUGAAUAGAAACACUAUUAUUGUCAAAGAAAAGAAGUGCAAAGAAAGAAAAGAUAAGCUGGCGUGAAAGAAAAGCGAGGAUCAUCGGCAUCAGAAGGAGAUAGAAGAGAGAACACACAGAGAGAGAGAGGGGAGAGAGAGAGCUUAAAAAAGAAAACAAAAGACACUCACUUGCCUCUGUAACCUUAUAUCACCUCACUUUCUUUCUUUUCCUCUCAUCUUCUUCUUCUCCUGUCUACCACUUCUCUUGUUCUCUUCUUUGCUUUCCCUCUCCUUGAAUGGAAGGCUGUCUUCCUCAAACCAUCCAUCUUUACAUCUAAAGACGAGAUUCCCCUCAUUGCCUUUUAAAUGUCUUACGAUCGAGUUCUUCCAAACCCGGUUCCUUUGCAUUAUGAAGCCCCCCAGGUCAGACAGACCAGUAACUUGCUCGAGCACAAGAUAAUGAACGACGACGUCCCCCAGUUCGCCGUGAUGGACCGCCACUCCGUCAACGGGGAUUCAGCUUCAGUCCAGCUCUCCCCUCUUAAUCAGACCAAGGUUGCUCUCGAUAAGGUCUCCUCCAAGGCUCCCAGCGAGUCCCCCAAGUCCGUCGCUGCUCCUUUGGUCAUCAAGGAUCUCCCCAUUCGCAAACGUUCCUCGCAGUCAGAUACCUCCUCGACCUCAAGUGGUACCAUAUUCAGUGCCAAAUCCAGUACCGAAUCCAGUGCCAAUUCCAGUGCUAAAGAUAGAGAGUCCGCGGUCAAUUUCUGUCUAUGCCAACCGGAACCUAAAAUUCCAAGGCCUCGCAAUGCUUUCAUUUUAUACCGCCAACACUAUCAAGCAUCAGUGGUGUCACAAAAUCCAGGUCUUGCGAACCCCGACAUCUCGAAAAUCAUCGGGAAACAAUGGAAGGCGCUCCCCCAGGAGACUAGGGACGAGUGGAAAGAUCUUGCACUAGAAGAGAAGGCUCGUCAUCUGCAACAGUAUCCGGGUUAUCGGUAUCAGCCCCGUCGUUCUGGCAGAGAUGGAAAUUCCCGCCAGACAAGCUCAGGCAUCAGUCAUAAUCCUUCGGGUUCAACAGUCUGCAACCGGUGCGGUGGUCGUAUCAUGAACGCGCCAACAGGACCAACAGAACCAGCAGGACCAACAGAAUCUCCAAAUUCUCCAAGUUACCCCCCGCCUAUACAUGCGCCCAACUCCAACGCUGCACCUUCACACAUCGAGUGUAUGGUUCACAGUUCCCAUAGCCGGAGCGCAGACCCUAACCGACCACCAAACCCUGUUAGGAUUGGAAGUAACGGUGAGCUUCAGCCAUCUCGCCAACGCCGAUAUGAGGAAAAUGGCAGUGGGAGCUUAUCGCCUGAUUCAAAACGUCGUCGAUUCAAUUCUCAGCCAACUUUGAAAGCGAACCUUCACCGUGACAAGAGUCCAGAGUCGCCGUAUCCAAUCUCCCCGUAUCUGCCUAGUUCUGACUCAGGAUAUUCUCGUGCCAUGAUUCAGAUGCUACAUAAUAACCCAAGGCUAUUUCGAAAUGUCACGGAGUAUCCACCACCUGAUCCCAGUUUGAGAUUGCCCCCGAUAAAGACGGCUGUCAUUGCUCCCAAUGUCAUGACUCCAGUCACUCCCUUCGCGGCGGACGGGUUAAACCUCGAGUCGACAGUGAUGACAAUUCCGUUCCUUAAUAAGAUCAAGGUCCUCGCCAAAAUAUCUCCUCCUCUUGUGCCCUCCUUCCGCGAUGGAGCUUCACCGCAACGUGGGGCCGUGAUUGCUGUGGAUGGACAAGAUUCAAUCCAUGUAAUGAACGCGGUUGACUAUCUAUAUCACGCCUUGCAAAAAGAAGGCCGAUACAACGUCCGCGUUUUCGAAGGACCCGAGAUUCGACCGCGUAGGGGAUCCUCUGGCUCGGGGAAAAUGGGGGAUACCACAAUGGACUAUCUCGAUAUUAUCUCGGCCUGGCACCGCAUCUCGGACGAUAUUGUGAGCUUUGUCAGGCCUUCAUUGGGAUCUCCAGAACUGAAGCCAGUUGAAGAGGAUACUUGCUCGGGGGUAUCGCCCAAAACAAUCAUCCCCAAGACUGCCGAUCUGCAUAUCGGCUCCCCGCCGCAGUCAAAUGAGAAUUAUUCGGAAUCGUCUUCGCCAUCUGGGACUGAUCAAUAUUCGGUGCCGAUCGCCCUUGUUCCCCGUUACCAACUCACCACCGCAGACACCUUUGCCUGCUCUAUUCCCAUCAAAGACGCUUAUGCACCACUGGACCACUGGCAGUGGAUGGCAUCCCUCUGGCGCGCGUGCGUGGGCCCUGACAUCACGGUGUACAUCCGGGAUUGCGAAAAGGACGAAUUAGAGCGGUUCGGGGGCAACCCCGUCGAGGUGCGUCUACAGGAUGCACGCACUGUCGUGGUGCGGAGAGCCAUGGGCUCAUCCAGGGAGGCAGAAGAAAAAGCUCUAAAACGAGUUGGCUUUGAGAUUGAGGAUUAUCUUACUCAGUAAGAAUGUGUCAUUCAAAAAAUUUUAUUUAAUUUUUUUUUUUUUGCCCAGGCUUCGUGGUAUCUACCUGGUCUCGUUGAUAUUGCAUGUAAUAGGAUUAUAUGGGGUCGGCUUUUUUAUUUACCCUUUACAUAUAGUUCUGUUUAGUACCAUUAUUUGGAGGUAUUCUGUCAUUUCUGCUCUCGUUAUCGGAUGUUCAUUGAUAUAUGUUUUGGGGACUAUACAUAUUCAAGGUGUUGCAGUUUUUGGUUCAAGUUACAAAACGUCAUUAUUUCAAGUAGUGAUACUGGAUCCUACUAGGUAAACUUACAUAUUUU